GCAUUGUAGCCGGCGAUAUGGCUACCGAUACGACAUCUUCAGGAAUUCAAGUGUCUGGAUAUCGGAUUCGCAGGGCACACGAAAAGUCCCGCAAUGGUUGUCUCAGAUGCAAGCAGCAACGCAAGAAGUGCGACGAGUUGCGACCGAGUUGCUCGCGAUGUACCCGACGCUCGUGUCCAUGUCGAUACCAGCCCCGUUUGAGUACGAGCGGGUCGGACACGGAGUCAUCUUCCCCCAAUUCCAGGACUGUGCCGGUCGUGCUGUCAAAUGACAUUCCUCCAUCCAUUAGCCAACUUAGUCUUUCUCCACAACUUACUACAGAAGAGGACAACCCCGACUUGAACUCACCCUCCCCAGAUCCUCUCCAUGCGACCGAACUCAGCCUCUUAGCCCACUACCUCACACACACCAGCCAAACCAUCCCGGUCGACCAUCUCGAUCUCCACGCUCUCGCAGUCGGGGUCCCGAAUCUCGCCUUCAAAUGCAAGGCGGUCAUGUCCUCCUUGCUAAGCUUGGCAGCAGCGUGCAAAUGCCACGACAUUGCCCACGAACAGACCCGAAACCCACUCGAUUCCCAGAAAUUAACAGAAAUCCAAGAGCUCCUGGCGCUAGCGGAACGCCAUCACCGGGCUUCCCUCCGCCACAUUCAAGCCACGAUGCAAAACUCCGAAUCCUACGAUAAUGUUCUCGCCAACGCGGCGUUGAUGGUUUUGUAUGCAUCGGCUAGUCACUCCAUCCGUGUCCAUUUGGCGGCCACGGCCAAGCGAUAUGGACAGCGACUCCCGACCGAAUUAUUACCGCAACAUUCGCAGUGGAUUUCCUUUACUCGCGCAGCACAUACGGCAUCUACCGCUGUGCUCAACAAUAUUGUCGAAGCUGCUACCAGCGAGGUGGUAGAUCCGCGAUUAGAAUCCCGUCGCACAAUGCCAGCCACAGGGAAUGCUAUCUUAUCACCCCAAGACGGUCCUUCCUCGAAAACAAAGCGUCUGUUCCUGCCUCUCGUCGCAUCGACCUAUGAUCGAGCUCUAAGGAGUCUCCGCAAGAGAGCACAAUGCACAGCUGCUCAGCUGCUACAAGGCCCGCAGCCGCAUGCUUCUGCAUCUCGUAGCAGCGCUGAUCGACGACUCCACGCAUGUCUGGAAACCGUAUCUAUCCUGGAAAAAUGCACAUCUGCAGCGCUAUUACCACGAGAAAGUCGCGAGAGAAAGAUGCCCGAGACCCCGUGGAAUCAUCAACACAUGUCCAUACUCGGAUGUUCCCGUGCCGUCACACCCUGGGUAGCACGAUAUAUGAUCAGUGUCACAUCGAUGGAGUCCCCGCGGGUUCUCCGACGUAUUAUCAUGUCUUUUCUGAACCAAGCACCGACCGAGUUUCUUAAUCUCGUACAGUCGGUCUUGGAUUGUCCUGCGGAGGGAAGAACACAAGGCUCGGCUGCAACAGGGAGAUUACCACUGACUGCGAUGCAUGUUCUAGCGAUGGAUAUUUUCGCUCAUUGGCUGGUCCUGGUCAUGUUGCUGGAUGGGGUAUGGUGGAUUAGAAAUAUCGGAGAGUGGGAACUUGGCCAGGUGAUCUCCCUGAUGAAGACACAGAAUGUCUUAUGUCAGUUGGGUGGUGUUGAAAUGUGGUGGCCGGAGAGGAUGUAUUUGGCUAAGCAGGAACUCGUCCCGAUUACUUGCAGUGAUAGAGAUUGUUAG